CAAACGGACGGACCUCGAUCGUUUUCCGCGUAAAAUUACUUACGUACAACAGUGCACGAAAAUAAUGCAUGUAAAACAAAAAUAUAUUUAGGAACCCAUGUUUAUGUUUUUGUAAUCGAGAAUAAUACAUAUAUAAUAUAAAUCGUCAUAUUGUACGCAUUCGUCGUUCCGGACCGUAGUCAACACAGCACGUACAACUCGACCAGAUAAUGUCGGGCACAGUACGCGAGUCUCCAUCGGACUUUAGAAAUGGUGAUUUGAUAAGUCGUUUAUUAGCGGCCACACCACCGUAUCAGACCAACUCUACGUUUGUGCCACCGGGAUUAUAUUUCAGCGAAAUGCUGAAAAGAUUCGUACAGGCAAAAUCUUGUGCACCCUUAUCCUUAAAUAAAAGAGGACGGAAACGGACAUGGAAGGAUAGCGGAAAGGCCGAACAACCGUCUGAAGCUAAGCAAAAGAAAAUGGAUUUUGUACCAAUACCGCCACCCGCACAAACGGAACCACAAUUUCCAUUAUGGUACCCACCAUUUUAUCCACCUACUUACCCACCAGUGUAUUUUAAGACUCCAGAAGCGGAACCCCUAAACUUACAAAUACGUUCGGAUUCCCUAAAGCAGGAUAGACAUUAUUCGGCAUUCCGUGUACCCGAACCGUCAAAAGUGGAAGAACACGAAAACAUCAACAAUAAACAAGGAACGAGUUAUUUGAUGGGAAACUUGACCAAAAUAUACAGACAUGUGGCACCGGAGGAAGAAAAAAUUAUUGAUGUAGAGGGUGAUGGUCCUGAAACAGCGCAACCCGAAGGUGGCGAAAAAAAAAACUGUAAGGAUUUAACGGCUUUAAUUGGAUUAGAAUUAGUUGUAGAUUACGUCAAACACGGAAAUAAUAAAGAUGGGCAAAAUGAUCAAAAUAUGAAGUGUUGCCAAAACGCAUAGUUCAAAUAAUCAAAUGUUAUAUCAACAGUAUUUAUCACCACUCUUUAAUCAAAUGAAAAUUGUUAUGUAACCUUCAGGCUUCAGUUAAGUGGUUUUAGCUCUAUUGUGUACCUACGUGGUACAUUAAUGAUGUUAAAAAUGUAAUUUAGUUAUUUUUUAUUAGUAUCAAAACUAUUUUAUAGAAUAAUAAUUAAUAGAUUAAUUAGAUAUAAAUACAUGAUAUGUA